AUGGAUCAAAACAAUCCAUUAUUGGACAUCACGGAAACUGCAUCAGAAGGUAACAUGGAGACUACAAUGCAGCAUUUAAUCCUGGAUGAUGAAGGGAUUCCUGUAAAUAUCAGUUUGAAACACCCCAGCACUGACUGUGCAGCAGCUCAAAGGGGUUACACAAAGUCAGAAGAGAAGUCUCUAAAUGUGAACUGCAGCAACCUCGAUAAACUGACUUCUUUAAUGUUAGCUGUACAAGAUGUGGAAAUCUUAGAGACACCAGUGCAAUUUUCACCAACAACGUACAAACCUGCGGAGAUUGUUCAAGAAUUUAUUACAUACAAUGCAGAUCUGAAUAUUUGUGAUUCAAAGGGGAGGUCACCCAUGAGGUAUGCAGACCAGAUGCUCAGUGAGGAUGUAGAAAACUCUUUGACAAACACAGCUACAGCUUUAGCUUCUGAAAGCAACAGUCAGAAGAUUCUUCUUUAUCUUCACACUGCAAAGCAUACUUUACAAGAAAGGAUUCAAGUGUACAAAGAAUUAGAAAUGAAUAGUCAAGAUAUGUCAUUGGGAAAUUCCUGGAAAUGUCUUAGAAAGGAACGGCACUCAUCAUUACCAGAUGAUAUACUUCUGACUCCAAUGAGAUUGAAGAGACGCUCCUCACUAAACAUCACCAGAAGGAGCGGUUAUAUUAAACAAGUACCUAGCCUUAACAUAGGCACACAAAUGCAGGGGUCACAGUCUGAGCCAAACAUCACUGAUACUGAAAUCCACUUGGAUUCCUUGCCAGCCAUGAAAGCUCAUAUUCAGCAAACUUUGCAGAACAGGAACAAUGAGACUAUCAAGGUUGCUUUACCUCAGCUAAACACCAGCCAUGACAGGACUCCAGUUCCUGUGCGCCUCGCUCCACUAGAGUGUAAAACAGCCCUUGAUAUUUCUAGUACAAUUCUACUGUCAACACCCUCAAAACCAUCACUCCUUCCUGCUUUAUCAUCUCACAUAUCAAUCACAAAGACAAAAAGAAUGAAGAGGCAAUCCUUACCACAGGAUCACAGAAGUAAAGCUGUGAGUGAAUAUGAUAGCAGUGGUACAUCUGGCAACCCAAGCUCCUUGGAUAUGGUUGAGACUUCGCAGAGCCUAGUUAUCCAAACAUCAGAUAGAAGAGAUGAUAUUGACAUUGCGAACAAUUGCAAAUUAAAUUUACCACCUCCUCUGUAUGUGGGUGAGCCCUUGGGUGAUGUGGAUACAAAAUGUAACAAAGAGCUUCAUCUAAUUCAAGAGAAUGAUAAAUAUUUCUGCUCAAAUCACGUGAACCAUUUGGUACCUACAGAAAAUAGAGAAUGCACUUCAUCUGGGUCGGAUGAAAGCAAAUUGAAAUGUAAAGAACCCAAUACUACAGAAAUAAUCUUGUCUAAUGAAGAGGUGGCACAUACUAAUUGUUGCAAGGAUAUCGCAGUAUUAUUGGAUUCAAUUCAGAAUGAAGAGCUGAACUAUCAAUCUAGUAUAAGAUUGCACCAUGUUGGAGAACACCUGGACGGAAAUGCUGUUAAAUCUACUGCCAGGGAUCUGUGUCAAAGCACAAAUCUGGAGAACGUUUGCAACAAAAGAGCAGCUAACUUAGUUUUUCUAUGCAGACAAGAGACCCACCCAUGCGAUGAUCUGUUUGAAGCAAACAAAGCAGAAGAUAUGAUAAGUCAAAAAGGCAGUGUUCGGAAUCCAACAGAAAACCUUGGAAAAAAUAUAGCUGUACCAGGAAAGAUUACGGGGACAGAGUAUGUGACUAAUGUAAAACAGGAAAACUUAGCCCACAAAGAUGUACAAACUGAUUCAAAAGGCAUUCCUGUCAUAUAUGUUACAUUGGCAAACCAGCCACGUAGCAAGUUACAGAAUUUUUCAAGACAGACUGCUACUAAAAGGAGAGUUAACAGUUAUACCACAACUCAUGAUGCCAACCACAGUUUUAAUGUUUUAUCACAAAAUGAAAGAGGUGCGAAAAAGAAAAUAGCCAAGUCAAAUUUUGUGAAUCAAAGGAAUAGUAGCUCAAUUCCAGCCAGGAGCAAACAUGGUUACAAGGCAUCACAGUACCUUUCUGUUCCAAAGCAGCGUGGGCCAAUGCAAAAUGUACAUUUGCAACCAACUGUUCGUUCCGUGAAAUCUAAACAAGGUCCAAGUUUACCUUCGAUGGAGAAUGCUGGCCUGAACCAAAUUUCAUCAAAAGUGCAAAUGAAACCACAAAUAAAAUGCCUGUUGAAAAAUGGGUCAGUUCCUAAAAAAAGUCUACCACAUAUCAACAGGAGUGCAAGUAGUCUAAGCAAACCAUCAGUUCUACCGAUUCCAAGAUCACAUUCGCUCGCUGAUUUCUCAGAGUUAAAGUAUUGUGAUAUGUUUCAGGAAAUAAAUCCAGUUGACAAAGGCCCAGGAAUUUAUGAAAUGUUUGGCACUCCAGUGUAUUCGAUCCUGCGAGAAUCCACAGCAUUAGAUAAUAAUGAUCAGGCUGUUCAUUCUGCCCCACCUAGAAGAGCAUCGACAUGUAAAAGUCCCAAAUCAAAUAAAUCAACUGCAAAGAAUAUCAAAAAGAAUUUGAAUUCUAAAAAUAAUAAAAAUUGCACGAAUGUACAAAAAGAGAACAUAGGUAUAUUACAAAAUAAGAAUGUGGGUAUAUUACAAAAUCAAGAGAAGAUUCGUCCACCGUUGAAUAGUGAUGAAGAACAAGAUGACUUUGCGAUAAUUUCGGGCUGCGAUUGGCAUACAAAGACUUCCAGAAGUGAAGUGCUAAUGUGCUGUCAGGAAAAUUCAGGUCAUUGCCCAGAUUUUUCUGAGCCUUAUGUUUAUCAGGUGGAGAAGCAAAACUUGUCUACCAUUACGGAGACCUCACUUGAGCAGGUUUCAGUCGGAGCAGAAGAAUCUGAAAAUAUACUUCAGGAAUCAGAUCGCAAUUGUGUCAAAGAAGGGGAGUUUGAACAUAAUCCAAUCAAUGAGAGCAAAGAUAUAAUGCUCCAAAAAUCCAAUAACAUAGAUUCUUUUCCUACCAAUUUAUUCGAGUUAAAAAAACAUCCACGUAAGAAAGACAUAGAAAUAAUUAAAACAUGCAAAGGGUUGGGAUACCAAAGUAACACAGACGCAUAUGAAUCUACAACUCUUUUGCCUAAUGAAUUAAAUUUGAAGAUUGUGGAUGAUGAAGAAGAAUCUGCUACUUUAUGUAGAUUCGGAAACCACAAUAACACUACCUCAUCUAAAGCAGGAUUUACUUCUGAUUUGGAUUCUAACCCAGGAAGCUUUCCAGGUCAACCACUGAUGAACACGUGGACAGCAGAGAGUCCAGCACGUUGGUUUGAAUGCCCCAGUCAGGAUGAUCUCACAAGUGAAUUGCUCAGUUGUUUGGCAUCAGCAUUAUUGUUAGAAGAAAAUGAUACCAAUGAGCAAGUUCUACAACUGGUCACAAAUGUACAGGAAAAGACAAAUCAUAAAACUAAGGAAAAUUUACCCCAAAAUGAAAACAAGGGGAUGGCUGAGUACUGUAGAACAGAAGGGAAAAACGAAAUAAAUAUUCAGAAUCCAGAAUACUUUGUUACAAAACUAUGGAGUACUCCUAGCAGACCAAACAGCUGCCUCGACAACACAAUAAAGUCUGAAUGUAGUUCCAUCAGCUAUGAGGAAACCAUGACAUGGACUAAAGGCAAUGUGCUUGGCAAAGGAGCCUCUGGCACAGUGUACUGCGGCUUAACCAGCCAAGGACAAUUAAUUGCAGUUAAACAGGUUGCUCCAGAUACAACAAAUCACAUUACAGCAGAAAAGGAAUAUCAGAAACUGCAAGAGGAAGUAGAGCUGCUAAAAAAUCUGAAGCACAUCAACAUUGUGGGUUUUCUAGGAACAAGUCUGGAAGCCAAGGUCGUCAGCAUUUUUAUGGAGUUUGUCCCGGGCGGCUCAAUUGCAAGUGUCAUAAAUCGAUUUGGGCCCUUACCUGAGGCCGUUUUCUGCAUGUACACUAAACAGAUUGUACAAGGAGUGGGCUACUUGCAUGAAAAUAGAGUGAUUCACAGAGAUAUAAAAGGCAACAAUGUGAUGCUCAUGCCUAAUGGGAUCAUCAAACUCAUCGACUUUGGAUGUGCCAAACGGUUGGCACACGUGAAUAUGAAUGGUACAUACAGUGAAGUGUUGAAGUCAAUGCAUGGAACUCCUUAUUGGAUGGCCCCAGAAGUGAUUAAUGAGACGGGGCAUGGCAGGAAAUCAGAUAUUUGGAGUACAGGUUGUACUGUGUUUGAAAUGGCAUCAGGAAAACCCCCCUUGGCUCACAUGGACAAAAUCGCAGCCAUGUUCUAUAUUGGAGCACAGCGAGGUCCAAUGCCUCAUCUGCCUGAACAGUUUUCUGAAGAUUCCAGAGACUUUGUUCAGAUUUGUUUAACAAGUGACCAACAUAAACGUCCCUCGGUAAAACAAUUGCUGCAGCAUCCGUUCAUUGUAAGGCAGCAGAGACAGAACAGAGAGAAGACAAAACUGUAGCAGAGACUGAACUUCAAGUCUCAAAAACCUCAUUCUUUCGGGUUGGUGCAUACUUAUAAUAAUGGGUUGGGGAGAGGAACGAAAAAGGCCAGGAGCAAUGUCACCUGCAGAGAAAUAAAAACCCACAACAUGGCCCUGAUUCCCAAAAGCAUUCACAAGUCUUCUUUUGAUGAACA